UGUUUUAAUCUUUACACUGUAGCCUCAAAACCAGUCACUGAUCAGGAAAGGGCUUCAUUUGGGAUCAUUUUAAAGUACUAUAUAUAUAUAUAUUUUUUUGUUUUGUUAUUUUUGUUUGUUUUACUUAUUAAAAUGUAUUUGCUGUAAACGAGUUGCUAAAAUAGAGCCGUGUUGAUUAUACUUCAAAUGCGUUAAAAACACCAGCGAUACAAACUCACCACAAGACAAAAUGUUAAUCAGACUCUCACCUUUUUCCGUUUUGGUCACCUUUCUGCUUAUUUUUCACCUGUCCCAAUGUGUGGAUUUAAAAGCUGCGAAUAAUGCAACGGGAGAAACCAACGAGCAGAAUCGCCGGGAAGUAGGCAAAGCUUUGCCCAAGCAAGAGAGCGUUUCUUUGGCUACACAGCUGUCUGGCGCUCCGAAAGAGAGCGUUGCCAAAACUAGGCAGAAGACCAAUACCCCAAAGAUCAGAGCGCUUGGAAAAGCGGGCAAAGUUGCAAUAAAUUCAACUGAAAAAGCCAAGACAUUAACCGGCCCCCAUGUGUGUGGCUCUAGAUGUUGUUCUGGAUGGCGCCUGGCUCCCAAGACCAAGAAAUGCACCAAACCUCAGUGUGCCCCCAGGUGUCUGAAUGGGGGACUGUGUAAAAGGCCCCACAUGUGUGUCUGCAAGACCGGCUUCGAGGGAUCCAGGUGCGAGACAACCAGCACCUCCCAGGGACUGUCGACCCCAAGCCCCAGCUCCAACACUUCAUCCCCGGGGGCUGUCCGGGCAGGCAGGGUGCACUCGGAGCCCAGGAGGGGCCCCGAGACACAGUCUCAGACCCCCGAGAAACAUGGCACAGUGCGCUGGCAUCCUUUGACGCUGAAGGAGGCUCAGUCUGUGCUUCUGAAGAAGUCGUCGGGGUCAGAUGGCCUGCCUGAGAAGAUGACCGCCCUGCUGUCUAAGCACGUGGAGGCCCAGCGUGGCAAGCUGCUGUCCGCGGGGCUGCUGGUGGUCAAGGAGUCAAGCGUGAAGAUCAUCCACACCUCGCAGGGGGAGUACACCGUCUACCGGAGCCCAGUGCCAGCUAGGAAUCAAAACCCUGCGGGCGAACGCAUUAAGGUGCUGUUCACUCCAACCAUCUGCAAGGUGCGUUGCAUCAGGGGUCACUGUACCAACCACUGCGAGAGAGGCAAUGUCACCACCGUCUACAGCUCUGAGAGGGGGCAUUCACCACCAGGGGCUGGCUUCAGAGUCUUCUUAUGCCCGCUGCUGUGUCAGAACGGUGGAAUUUGUAUGCAGAAGGACCGCUGUCUCUGCCCACCGAACUUUACUGGGAAAUUCUGCCACGUCCCGGUCUCCUCCUCAGCCAAUGAGAUAGAGGGGGCGGCCCAGAACAGAGCAGCAUCAUCCAAUCAGCGGGGGCUGACACAGUCUGUGUACACCCUCCCACUGCACAACCACCAAUCACAGCAAAGUGGAGGCUCGGAGGUGGUGAAGGUGCAUGUGCAGCACCCCCUAGAGGCCAGCGUGAAUAUACACCAGGUGCAGCGUGUGAGAGAGGGACCAGCGCAGGGGCAGGGGCAGGGCGAUGCCAGCGCAGACAGGAGGGUGCCGCUGCCCAGGAUCCAGGCUCAGACCAUCCGCGGAGACUCCAGCUACUUCGAGUCAUCUGGAUUCGGAUACUGCUUCCAAGAAGUCCGGAACGGCCAGUGCAGCUCCCCUCUGCCCGGACUGAGGACUCAGGAGAUCUGCUGCCGGGGUCAGGGGAAGGCCUGGGGCAUCAGCGAGUGUGCCCUGUGUACAUCCAACCAGGGGAGCGAUGUUGCUGUGGAUGGAGGCUGUCUGAAGGGUUUCGAGAGGAUUAAUGGGACACAGUGUGUGGAUGUUAACGAGUGCUCGCUGCCCGGGUUCUGUCAGAACGGGGAAUGCAUCAACACACGGGGAAGCUACAGCUGUGUCUGCAAGACAGGCUACAUACUGGAUGCUUCUCAAGGACGCUGCAUUUCCCAGAUGGUGAUCUCGGAGUUGAAGGGGCAGUGUUAUCGCAUCCUGAAGACGGGGUUCUGCUCGAUGCCCAUCCUAAGGAACAUCACCAAGCAGAUCUGCUGCUGCAGCAGAGUGGGCAAAGCCUGGGGUCAGGCCUGCGAGAGGUGCCCACCCUUCGGAUCAGAGCAAUUUAAGGAGAUUUGCCCAGCAGGGCCAGGUUACCACUACUCAGCUUCCAGUGUUAAAAUCAACCAGGAACGCCAAACUGCAGUGGCGCCCCCUAGAGCCCAAACACCCUCUCUGACCGCCAAUGUGGGCAACGAGAGAGAAGAGAGGCUGCCACCAAGGAUGGAGAGGCCAGUGCAACCACUGAAACCAGAACCCCCAGUACAACCACUUAGACCAGUACAGACAUUCACCGUCUCCACCACAACCCGCACUGCCAUGCGUGCCCCAGAGGUUCGAGUAUGUGACCUGAACCCUCAGAUCUGUGGAGCGGGGCGCUGUCUGAAGCAAAGAGGAGGAACCUACACCUGUCUCUGCAACCAGGGCUACCACAUCAACCCCCAGCAGACACGAUGCGUGGAUGUAGACGAGUGCAGUCUGAGCCCGCGGCCCUGCACGAACGGUCAGUGUGAGAAUACAGCUGGGAGUUACCGAUGCCUGUGUCCGUCUGGGUUUAGACUGGGACCGCAAGGAGCCAGCUGCACAGAUACAGACGAGUGCCGACAGUCCCCCAGCCCCUGCACUAACGCACGCUGUGAGAACACACCUGGCAGCUACAGGUGUGUCUGCGCUGCUGGAUACCAGCUGGAUCACCAGGGAGCUGAGUGCAUAGAUAUCAAUGAGUGUGAGAAUGCUGCAACCUGCCCUGAUCAGGAAUGUGUUAACUCCGCUGGCUCCUUCCAGUGUGUGCCCUGCCGGCCUGGUUACCAGCUAAAGAACGGCAGAUGCACAGAUGUGGAUGAGUGCAGUCUGAGCCCAAGGCCCUGUACGAACGGUCAGUGUGAGAAUACAGCUGGGAGUUACCGAUGCCUGUGUCCGUCUGGGUUUAGACUGGGGCCGCAAGGAGCCAGCUGCACAGAUAUCGACGAAUGCCGCCUGACGCCUCGGCCUUGCUCCGUUGGUCAUUGUGAGAACACAGCGGGCAGCUAUAGAUGUGUUUGUCCCAAUGGCUACAGACUGAACCCACAGGCAACCCAGUGCAUUGAUACAGACGAGUGCCGACAGUCCCCCAGCCCCUGCACUAACGCACGCUGUGAGAACACACCUGGCAGCUACAGGUGUGUCUGCGCUGCUGGAUACCAGCUGGAUCACCAGGGAGCUGAGUGCACAGAUAUCAAUGAGUGUGAGAAUGCUGCAACCUGCCCUGGUCAGGAAUGUGUUAACUCCGCUGGCUCCUUCCAGUGUGUGCCCUGCCGGCCUGGUUACCAGCUAAAGAACGGCAGAUGCACAGACGUCGAUGAGUGUCUGGGCUCGUUAGUCUGUGGUACUAAUGGGCACUGUGUGAACACAGAUGGCUCCUUCAGCUGUGACUGCAAGAUUGGAUUCAGGUCGGACAGCAGUCGGAACCAGUGCAGCGAUAUCAAUGAGUGUCUGGAAGGGGACUUCUGUUUCCCGCACGGCGAAUGUCUCAACACUGAUGGGUCGUACAGCUGUCUGUGUUCCGAGGGAUACAAUGCCACCCCAGACGGAGACUCCUGUAUAGAUGUGGAUGAGUGUGCCAGGCCGGAGCUGUGCCAGGAUGGCAGUUGUACCAAUACCCAGGGCUCCUUCGAGUGUGUGUGCCAACCCGGCUUUGCCACCAACCCAGAAAAGACUGCCUGCCUUGACGUUGAUGAGUGUGCAGAGUCGAGGGGAGCUGUGUGUGGACCCCGACGUUGUGAGAACACCAUCGGUUCCUUCCAUUGCAUCACUUCCUGUGAGCCCGGCCACAGGGCAACUGUCAGCGGGGACUGUGUGGACAUUAACGAGUGUGCAAACGACACUGUCUGCGGUGACCAUGCCUUCUGCCAGAACCUGAUUGGCUCUUACCAGUGUCUGUGUGACCAGGGUUAUGAGGCGGGGCGAAAUGGGCAGAGCUGUGUGGGUACGGGAAACACCGUUGGUUCUUAUUGGACGAACAGCUGCAACGGCACUAACAACCCAUGCAAAGUCAGACAAGAUCCAUUGUUUCUCUUAAAGGGGAGGUCAAACUCCCAGAGGUUUCCCAGCAGUUCUGGGGGAGUGUAUCGACCAGACCCCUCCCCUCCGCGCAGUGAUGUCAGAGAAUGCUACUACAACAUCCGUGACGCAAACGUGUGCCAAAACGUACUGACACGCAACGCCACCCUACAGGAGUGCUGCUGCACCGUGGGGGAGGGCUGGGGGGAGAGCUGUCAGCUGACUGCCUGCCCGGCACCUGGAACAGCUCAAUACCAGUCUGUGUGUCCCAGUGGAAAGGGAUAUGUGACCUCUACUCGGGGCUCCUUCAGUUACAAAGAUAUUGAUGAGUGCACACUGUUCACUGCUGCAGUGUGUAAGAAUGGCGUGUGUGUGAACACGAUCCCAGGCUAUUCCUGCUACUGUCCCAAUGGCUACUACUAUGACCAAACACAACUGGAGUGCGUGGAUAACGAUGAGUGCUUGGAGGAGGAGUCCUGUCUGGGAGGGAGCUGUGUCAACACUAUGGGCUCGUAUUAUUGCUCCUGUGACCCCCCUCUCAUCCUGGACGCAGCCCAGCGAGCGUGCGUCGCCAACAUCAGCCAGUCUGCUGAUGAAAACCUGGCGUACUGCUGGCAGGAGUUAGGAGAAGAUUAUAUCUGUAACCGGCCCAUGUUGGAUAGGCAGAUCACUUACACAGAGUGCUGUUGCCUGUAUGGACUGGCCUGGGGUAUAGAGUGUGCACUCUGCCCAGCUCGAGACUCAGAUGAUUACGAAGCCCUGUGCAAUGUCUUGAGACCCCCGGCUUACGGACCCCCUCUCGGACCCUACGCUGGGGAAUAUGGACCAGGCUUUGGAGGGAACUACGAGCCUCCAUACGGUCCAGACAUCUUCGCUGAUCCCCCUCCACGAGGCAGAACCCCAGGCUAUCUCAGACCUGGGGGGUAUGAAGACUACCCCUCCCGCGGGGGACAGAUGCCAAGCUAUGGGUCCCGUUCUCGCUCUCCGGCUUCAUACGGACCACAGGAGGGCCCGUACGGACGCCACGGCCCUGGCCGGAGCUACGAUCUGGGGGAUUUCGAGCCUGACCUGCCAUAUGUACCCCACGAAUCAGAGCCCAGACCACCCUUUGGCAGAGCGGACUCUCUGGUAGAACCCUCUUAUGAAUCCCGUCAAGGGAGGUACAGAUCCCUGAGCCCCCAGUCUGCAGGACCCCCUUUUGAAACAGAAGAGCCCUCUGUCCCGUGGCUGCAGUACAGACCAAGAGAGUCAGCUCCCUACCCAGAGUACCGUGACCGGCCACUGGGGGGCAUCAGGAGAGAGACCUAUGAGAGCAGAUAUGAGCCGUACGAGGGCCUGAGCGCGGAGGAGUGUGGGAUACUGCACGGCUGUGAGAAUGGCCGCUGCAUCCGCGUGCCGGAGGGCUAUACCUGUGACUGCUAUGAUGGUUACCACCUGGACAUGACUACGAUGACCUGCAUAGAUAUAAAUGAGUGUGACGAAGCAGACGACCCCUCCACCCUGUGUGUGAACGGACAGUGUCUCAACACAGACGGCUCCUAUCAGUGUGUGUGCCUCCGUGGCUUUGUGAUGUCAAGACAACGCAAUUACUGCAUCCCGGCACGACCACGGCAGUGAGGGGAGAGAACGUAACACACUCAAUCACACACACUCACACACACACACUCACACACACACACACACACACACACACACUGACACACACACACACACACACACACACACACCAAAGAGUUCUGACUUAACUGUUUCCAACCAUGUUCGUCGAACAAGGUAUAUUUUUUAUUCAGAUAUGAUAAACAGGCCAGGGAGGUAUUUAUUUUUGUGAAUAUUUAAAUGAGUUUUUUUUUUUUUUUAAUAAAAUAAAUAAAUUCCACUUUUGCAAUGACAUUAAGCAGGAAUUUUGUACCGUAUGAAUAUAUAUACAACUUGAGUUAAAAAAAAAAAGAAACAAUAAAUAAAAAUGCCAGCAUUUUGUACUUUAUCUUUGAAUUGGUAAGAGGAUUCUUUAUUAAGUUCAUAAUAAUAAACUAAUAGUAGUAAUAAUAAUAAUAAUAAUAAUAAUAAUAAUUCCUAUAGACUGUACAAUGUGACCUGAAUCGCGAGAAAUUUGUAGAACUUAUUAGACCAAUGUGACUUAAAAUUAUUUUGUAUUUCAAAUUAAAUUCCACUUCAAUUAUUAAUAUUAACUUUAUUGUAAACUGGGUGGAGAAGUCUCCUUCUGAGUUAAACAGCUCACAUUCAACUAUAUAUAUAAUUAACAGAAAUAAAUAUAUCUGUGACAGGCAACCAGAACUAAACAUUUUAACACCAACACAAAGAAAAUCAGUUACAAAAACAGUGAAAAUGACAUUUCUUAUUCUUUGUUCUAUUGCCUAUACUCUUACACUAGCUUUCAAGUACCAAAUAACACAAAAACUACAGUAGUUCAUUUAUUUAUGUCCUCCUUUGAUUAAAUCCAAGGUUACUGCAACAUAAUAACUAUCCUUUUGACUUUGUUGUGACAAUUCUUUGACCCCGCUAGAUCUCCUGCGCUGUGUAUGAAGUCAGAUCAGUUUGAUUUACAGUGACGUUAAGCUAAUGAUGAAGUAACUUUAUUUUAUUAUUAUUUUUUAUUAUUAUUAUUAUUUACUGGUUUUGGUUUGACUUGAGAUUUGUUGCGCUAUAACAAUAUUUUAUUAAAAUGUUUUUUUUUUUUUUUUCAGAAGUUGCUAAGGAUUUGGAAGUAAUGGGGAAAAAAAAAAAAAAAAAAAAAUGUCUUUUUUUUUUUUUUUGCAGUACGCCCGAAAUUCUGAUUAGAUUUAGGUAGAUUCAAAAGAAAUCGGAAUAAUAUUCAGCACAUAAAACACUAUGUAUAACGUUAUGCACUGUAUGUGUCAAACAGAAUAAGCUUUUUUUUUUUUUUGCUCGUUCUGUGGACAAUUGUACAUUCUCUAUUGUAUUUUCUGUCUUUUUUAAAGUUUGUAAUUUGAUGUGUUUAUAUAUACAAAAUCUGUGCACA